UACAUUGGUCUUUAGCGGAAAAUAAUAUUGACGCACUGAUUCUCCGAGAUUAAUGAUUUGUAAUCCUUAUUUUAUCCACAUUUCUGGGAAAAGCAGUGCUUCUUCCUGUGACGCCUGAUCAGGAGAAGGCAUGUCGAGCGCUUUAGCUAAUGGACUUGCAGGAGCAGGAGGUGGUUUAAUUGCUCAGAUUUUAACAUACCCUCUUCAAACGGUUAACACACGCCAGCAAACUGAGAGAGUUGUCAAGAAAGGGCUCGAUGGUGGUCAUGGAACCUCUCCCUCUGGAAAUCAGCGUCCUGGAGGCACACUUGUCCAAUUGCUUCAGGUUAUUAAAACUGAGGGUUGGGGUGGACUUUACAGUGGCCUGAAGCCUUCCCUAUUUGGAACUAUUGCUUCACAGGGUGUUUAUUAUUACUUCUACCAAGUUUUCAAGAACAAGGCUGAGUCACUUGCAGCAGCACGCAAGGCGAAAGGGUUGGGUGAUGGAAAUGUUGGAAUGAUUUCAUGGCUUGCUGUUGCAGCUAUGGCCGGAUGCUUGAAUGUUUUGCUGACAAAUCCAAUGUGGGUACUCGUCACUCGCAUGCAGACACAAACCCAAGCAGAAAGAAACAUAAUGGAGAGAAAAAGGGACGCCCUUAUGAAGGAAGCUUCUCAUAACAGUGCAACAGCAUCCACCUUGCUAGUAAAGUUGGCUGAACUUGAAUCGUCAAAACCAAAACCUUAUGGAACACUGCAAGCUGCUGGUGAGGUUUACAGUGAAGCAGGAAUUCGAGGAUUUUGGAAGGGCCUUAUUCCUACUCUGAUAAUGGUUUGCAACCCAUCAAUCCAGUUCAUGAUUUAUGAGACCUCACUAAGGUCUCUCAAAGAAAAAAGAGCAAAGCAUGGAGUGAAGCAAAUAACGGCUUUGGAGGUUUUCUUUCUUGGUGCUGUGGCUAAACUCGGUGCAACUGUUACAACAUAUCCAUUGCUGGUAGUCAAGUCAAGGCUACAGGCAAAACAAGAUAUUGGCAGUAAUGUCUCACUGAGAUACUCAGGUACACUGGAUGCAAUUGUAAAAAUGAUUCGGUAUGAAGGAUUACUGGGAUUUUAUAAAGGGAUGAGCACGAAGAUAGUGCAGAGUGUUUUCGCUGCCUCUGUACUUUUCAUGGUGAAGGAAGAGCUAGUCAAGGCUUUUACGAUUCUAGCAUAUAAGAGCCGCAAGAUUAGACUCAAUGCACUGAGAUGAUUCCACUGGCAGUGGCAUUGCAUGUUAAUACUGAAUGAAACUUUUUUUCCUGGACAUCAGAACUGUUUGAAACUUGAAAAUAGGAAACAAAUUUAAUUUUUUUUU